AUUAUCACAAUGAAAGAUUUUUCCCCACAUGAAAGAUUUGUAUGUUUAUUAAUCAUCUGAAUUAUAUACCUAAACACAACUUUCAAUUAAUUAUCACCUGGAAAUCCUAAUUCUAUGGAUUAAGGAUUUAAAGAUUUAUUAUAACAAAAGGACAAAAUGAUCUUAUCACAUAUAUAUAUUUUUUUAAUUAUAUGUCUCAUGAUCAUUAUUGUAAGAAUUUUAUUUUUAAUAUUCAUGAAAAGUGGAAGAAUAGCAGUGAGAAAUUUCAGAGAAACAUCUGCAAAAACUAUGAUAAUUUUAGGAUCAGGAGGACAUACAGCAGAAAUGUUACGAAUUGUUAAACAUAUGAAUUAUGAAAAUUAUACACCUAGAAUAUAUGUUUGUGCUUUUACUGACAAAAUUAGUAUAGAAAAAGUAAAAGACAUAGAAGGAAAAAAAAAUGAUUAUAAAAUAAUAAAGAUUACUAGAAGCAGAGAAGUUGGACAGUCGUAUAUUUCUUCUGUAUGGACAACUAUUAUAGCGACAUUAGAAGCUGCAUCUCUUUUAUGGUCUGAAAAGCCAGAAUUACUUUUAUGUAAUGGUCCAGGGACUUGUGUUCCUUUAUGUAUUAUAGCACUUGUAUUCAAGAUAUUCUAUGUUCUUAAUAUUACUACAGUGUUUAUAGAAAGUUUUUGUAGAGUUAAAACAUUUUCGUUAACAGGAAAAAUUUUAUAUUACUUAGUAGAUCAUGUAAUUGUACGGUGGCCAUGUUUAAAUAAAUCUUUGUAUAACAAAGUUUAUUCAUCAUAG